AUGGCAGACCCAAUAUUCAGAGCCAAAAAUACAAGAAUAGUAGGUGGCGAAAAUACUGGAGUAAACGAAUUUCCUAUGAUGGCAGGACUCGUGGAUGCAAUUCUAGUACGAGUUUUCUGUGGUGCUGUAAUAAUAUCCAACAGAUACGUUUUGUCGGCGGCACAUUGUGUGGCGAAUAAACAAGCACAGGAAUUAGGUGUUCUUAUUGGAGAUCACGAUGUCUCAGCUGGUAUUGACGCUAAUGCAACUCUUUUGCGAGUAGCGGGUUUUGUUGUACAUCCUUCAUAUGUGAUUAAUAAACGAAAUAGCAAUUUUGAUAUUGCUGUUAUAGCCGUUGUUGGUUCUAUUAAAUUCACCAAUGAAAUUGGUCCAGCCUGCCUUCCAUUCCAUCACAAUCGUGACAGUUUUAGUGGAGCUGUUGUCGAAAUUCUGGGUUGGGGAACGACUGAAUUUGCUGGCCCAACGUCAAAUAUUUUGCAAAAAGCAAAAGUGAGUGUUAUUAAUCUUUCAAAAUGUUUGAAUACUUUCCCAAAUUUAGUGGACAGUCAAAUGUGCACACUUGGACAAGGAACAGACGCUUGUCAGUUUGACAGUGGUGGCCCAGUUCUAUGGGAAAAUCCAACAUCAGGAAGACUCGUAAGCGUUGGAAUUAUUAGUUAUGGUAUCGCCUGUGGAACCAAAAAUCCCUCAGUAAAUACACGAGUUGGUGCUUUUGUAGAUUGGAUUCUAUCGGUUACGCCAGAUGCCAAUUACUGUAUGGGUGAAUGAAUUUCCAUGAAAGCAGCUUCGAGUACUAAAUUGUGAAAAUGAAAUCAGUUCGUUUUCAUCUUUUUAGCUCAAGGAUAAAUAUUAUAAAAAUGCAGUCCUACUCAUAGAGAAGUUAGUUAUAUAGAAUUGUUUGAA